UUCGGAUCGAACGUGGCCGCCGAUACACUGAAUGCGGUCUAUCUUGUGUUUCGACAGGCGCCUGCCAAUUGCGCGCCGGCGCACGGAUGGUCGCUGUGGCAUGUCGAUAAUCUUGCCUUCACGCAAGAUACACUGUGUGCUCUGGGAAAGGAAUAUCUGCUUCGAGACACGGGUGCGGAGACACGAUAUGUGAAAGCGAUGGUGCAGUGUCUCUCCAAUACCGGCAGCGCCAAGGCUUGGGCCUGUGAGAGCUGCAUCUGCUCAUGUUGGGCUCAUACCGUCUGCCAACAGAUUUUGAAUGAGGUCCUCGUUCGUCUUACCCGAGGAUCACGAAGUUAACUAUGCUGGGCCUCGCAUUCAAGUGCUGUGAAUCACGGCUGGUGUCAUCUCAUCGUCGCAGCUUAGAUUCUUGGCGCUUUGGCGCCCUCGUCUCUGCGUGCAAGACAUUAGAUCCCAACUCCUUGCGCUUUUCGUAUCGCAAAUUCAUUCCGUCUCACAAUGGCUGAGGUGGGAUCGCGUCUGGCCUUCCUUGCACUAGCUUCCACGGCCCCAGUC